AUGAAUCCAAUAAGCUCCGUACUAGCAGGAAUACGGGGGCAAACGGUCACUCGAACCGUUUUGCAGCAGAGAUUCGUCGCCGUGUGCACAAGUUACGCGAUCAAUCGCACACCUUUCAGAACAUACGCAGCUGGCAGCUCCGGAGCACAACUCAAGCUGCUCAUCGCCAAGGUCAAGAAAGCCAAGGAUAAGUCGAAACAGCUACAGAAGGAGCUUAAGGAAGCAGAGACUAAGAUCAAGGCUGCCGUUAAGGAACGCACCAAGAAGGCAGCCGAGAAGAAACAGGAGAUGAAAGAAGCUGAGGCUAGGCGCAAGUUGGUAGCCAAAGCUACCGUGAAUCCGCGUGCUUACUCACCGUUGGUGGUCUUUUGCAAAAGCAAGAAGCUUUCAAUCAAGGAUGCAGUCCCAAUCUUUGCGCAAAUAUCCGAAGAGGAACGCAGUAAAUGGACGCAAGCGACAGCGGACUUGAACUCGAAGAUCCGCCCCAUGGUGACGCCUAGACCUAAAUCUGAUGGAACGACAAGCUUCAGUAGGUUUGUAAAGAAAAACAUUGCUGACACCAUGGAGAAUGUUCGCGACGGUGGCGUGGAGGGGCGGGAUGUAGCUAAUACGGCCUUUCGCCAACUAGGCGAGAAAUGGAGAGCAAUGGACGAGAACGAGAAGAGCAGGUACGCUGUCCUGAAGGAGGAACGGGCCAGAGCUCAACAGAAAAAGAAGGAUUGGCAGGAACUAAGAGUGAAGGAGUAUCAUGAGUUGCAGAAGUUCUUGAAGGAAUACAAGGUGAACAUUGAAGACUAUUAG